AGCCACAAAUAAUACACGGUUUUUUUAUAUCAAUUAGUUUUGUUUCUGAGUAUUCUGAUUCAUUUCUAAAAUGUGUUGUCGUGUUGAUGCGGCUGACAGAACAAAAAUGUGUAUUGAAUUUUAUUGAAACCGAUGGUGACAUAUUUGUAAAAGAAUUGCAUCAUUCUUCGUUAUAAUAAAAUCGUUAGCAACUUACGGUUUGUUAUCCAUAUUUAACAGAGAAUAAUAUCACGUACCCAAAAAUGACGGAACCACAGAUAGAAGCAUUGACUAUAAACGAUGAAGAGGAUGUUGUUGAUCCAUGGAAUGUAACAGGAAAAUCUGAAACUGGAAUAGAUUAUGACAAGCUGAUUAAAAGAUUUGGAAGCCAGAAAAUAGAUGAAAGUCUUAUACAAAGGUUUGAGACUGUCACUGGAAAGAGAGCACAUCAUUUCUUACGGCGCGGCAUAUUCUUCUCUCACCGUGAUUUCCAUAAUAUCCUCUCUCUCUAUGAGAAAGGUGAAAAGUUUUACCUUUACACUGGCAGGGGGCCAUCUUCUGAAAGUAUGCAUAUAGGACAUAUGAUACCUUUUAUGUUCACCAAGUGGCUGCAAGACGUUUUUAAUGUACCUCUGAUCAUUCAACUGACAGAUGACGAGAAAGUAUUGUGGAGGGAUAUUAAAGUUGAAGAUGCUCGCCAGAUGGCGUUCAACAAUGCUAAAGAUAUUAUAGCUGUUGGUUUUGACCCAAAGAACACAUUUAUAUUCAAUGAUCUGGAUUUUAUUGGGCAAUGCCCGGCGUUUUACCAGAACAUGGUAAGGAUACAGAAGAGCGUCACAUUUAAUCAGGCCAAGGGUAUCUUCGGCUUCGGCGACUCUGACGUCAUUGGCAAGGUGUCUUUCCCGGCGAUAGAAGCUGCGCCAGCGUUCUCUACAUCUUUCCCUUUCAUAUUUGGAAACAAAGUUCUACCAAGCCUGGUGCCGUGUGCGAUCGACCAAGAUCCCUACUUCCGUAUGUCACGUGACGUGGCAGCCCGCCUCAAGAUGCCGAAGCCCUCUCUUUUACAUUCCACGUUUCUGCCGGCACUCCAGGGCGCCCAGCAAAAGAUGUCGGCGAGUGACCCCAACGCGUCGAUAUUUUUAAAUGAUACCCCCAAGCAGAUUAAGAAUAAGAUUAAUAAAUACGCGUUCUCUGGCGGCCAGGCAACUGUCGAGGAACACAGAGAAAAGGGAGGCAACACGAGUGUAGACAUAUCGUAUAAAUAUCUGACGUUCUUCCUAGAAGAUGAAGAGAGGCUAAAUGAGAUUAAGAAGCAAUAUGAAUCUGGGGAAAUGCUAACCGGAGAGUUGAAGAAGGUGGCCAUAGAAGCCAUUACGCCGUUCGUGCAAGCCUACCAAGCGCGUCGGGCCGCAGUCACUGACGAUGUGCUUAAGAAAUUCUUCGAGAUCAGGCCACUAGAGUUUUAAUACCAUAGACUAUUUUUUAUUUUAAAAUGCAGUGUAUGUUUGGAACGUGAGUGAUGUAAUUUAUAGUUUGUUUUGUAUUUAUAUUUUUAAUUUAUUAUAUGAAUGAUAUUUAAUUUUAUUCAUAAAAAUCUGAAAUAUCUGAUAGAACUGUCCCAACUAGUGAAGUUAACAUCUCUUUCUUUAGAGUUAAUAACUUCUUUUGAAGGAAAGUGACAAAAUUAUUGGAUAAUUGUUUUUUUUAUGGAUAGAAUUGGAUACUGUGUUCUCUAAAAUCUAAACUAGCAAUUUUGUUUUCAAUAAUAAUUUUAAAAUAAGUACUCCGUAUAUUUAUUUGUGUGAAAGUAUUGCAUAAAAACACAUUAAAAAAGGCAAAUGUUAAGUGUUUUUUUUGCAAGAUUUUUAUAGCAGUCAAUAAUCGGAUUUCCUCAAGAAGCCUAAAAUUUCUUUAAUUCAUGUUUCUAUAUUAAAAACUUACUUAAAUAUGAAAGAAAAAUGUUCAGUAAUAAUUCACACAGUGUUAAGUCCCAAACUAAGCAGAGCUAUGGAUAGCAAAUAAGUGAUAAUUAAAUAUAAUUUUUGUAAAUGUAUAUACACAUAGAAAACGCUCAGACUAAAAAAUUCCAAAUCAAAUCAGAAUAUCUUUAUUCGUGAUAUACCUAUUACAGAUA